GGAAAAGAUGAAAGUUGUGUUUUUUUUAAUUGUUUCCAAAUAACGCACCAGACGUCACUAUAUUAAAAUCAAGUAUACGGUUAAAAUAAAUAGGAUCAUAUUGUUAAAACACGUUGACCGACACAAGUCACUGGAAAGCUGCUAAUCUCCGUGUUUAUCGUCCAUCAGUGUUUCCGCACGAGCUCCACCCUGAGGACCCCACGCUACAAGCGGAGAGCGUGUGAACGACAGCAUCAUCUACUCGGAUCCUCCGAGGCGGAGAAGGCGCCCAAACUGUCGAGCGCUUCAGGAGAAAUAAGAUGCUGCUGUUCUGUCCGACCUGCGGGAACGUACUGAUCGUGGAAGAGGGCCAGAAGUGUUACCGGUUUGCCUGCAACACCUGCCCUUAUAUACAUAACGUUACAAGAAAGGUCACCAGCAGGAAGUAUCCAAAGCUGAAGGAGGUGGACGAUGUUCUGGGAGGAGCUGCCGCCUGGGAAAACGUUGACUCCACUCCAGAGACGUGUCCUAAAUGUGAACACGCCCGUGCAUACUUCAUGCAGAUUCAGACAAGAUCUGCAGAUGAGCCCAUGACUACUUUCUAUAAAUGCUGCAAUCCGCAGUGUGGCCAUCGUUGGAGGGACUGAGGGGAAGGACUGCUGCCAUCCUGCCUACCCAAAGGAGUCCUGCUGCGUCUGCCGUGUUACAAAGAUGUCCUCCGCCCGGAAGGUGUGUCACACGGACUUGACUGUCAUGAGCUCCAACUCGCGUUUCUCGGCAAUCAACAGCUGGCGGCCGGUGGGUGGUGGUGGUGGUGGGUGCCUGUUUACCAUCUUCUUUAACUGGCUGAGAGUCUUACCGAGGCUUCAACCUCUGCCCUGGUCUGAGCUUCAGAACGUCCCGGGACGUCUUACCGGAGACAAGCUGGCCCGUCUGGACACACACUGACCUGGCGAAACUCAGGCAGCAAUUCAUUCUUGUAAGCGUU